CAGACUGGUUGAUGCGUGUCACCAGUAACCUCAAAUGGUGUUCGCGUGCGGACGCGAAGUUUGAUUAAACUCUGAUUUGUUCACAACCUGAACUCCAAUUUUUACCUUGUUUCGGGUUGUACAUCUGAUUAACAAUGCCCUCGGAUCCGAAUUUUUUGUACAUCUGAUUAACAAUGCCCUCGGAUCCGAAUUUUUCAUCUUCCAGUUUCUCCUCCGAUGGGGAUGAUCGAAACCCUAAUUCCGAUCCGAGCCCGGUUUCAAACCCGAAUACGGGUUCCAUUGACCAAUCUCUCGACGCGCUUGAAAGCCAAUUGGCCUCAAUCUCGAUGUCCUCUCGUUCCCCAACGGCGACGCUUGACGAUGACGACGCAGUGGAGGAAGAGGUAGAACAAGCGCGAUUGGAGCUGCAACUUAAAAUGGGAAAUGGACCAUUGAAUGAAGAUAUUAGGACGGAAGGAGCAGCUAAAGAUGAACUUACUGAAAGUAAUUGGAAGGCAGAGCCUUCAGGGGAGAAUGACGAGAGCCCUUCUUACUCUGUCUGGAGAAAUGUUUUGGAGGCAGAAGAACUCGAGCGGCCUUUGAGUCCGAGCAGCAGCGGCUAUGCGGGCGAGAGGGGCAGCACCAGUGGGGGUGAUGAAAUCAAUGAUGAUGACGAAGAUAGUAAUGAGAUUCUCGAGGUGCAAAAUGGUGGGGAUUUGGUGUCCCAUGCACAGUGGGUUUCUGGGAAACGUUAUCCUGAUGAGGAUGAUGCUUCAGUUUCUUGGAGGAAAAGGAAGAAACACUUCUUUAUCUUGAGUAACUCAGGAAAACCCAUUUAUUCGAGAUAUGGAGAUGAGCACAAGCUAGCUGGGUUCUCUGCAACUUUGCAAGCCAUAAUUUCCUUUGUCGAAAAUGGGGGUGACCGGGUCAAAUUGGUGCGCGCUGGUAAUCACCAGGUCGUUUUUCUUGUUAAAGGACCGAUUUACUUGGUCUGCAUAAGUUGCACAGAAGAGCCUUAUGAAUCAUUAAGGGGACAGCUGGAGCUCCUCUAUGGUCAGAUGAUACUUAUCCUAACAAAAUCUGUUAAUCGAUGCUUUGAGAGGAAUCCCAAAUUCGAUAUGACUUCACUGCUUGGAGGAACGGAUGUGGUCUUCUCCUCUCUCAUCCAUUCUUUCAGUUGGAAUCCUGCCACUUUUCUUCAUGCUUACUCAUGUCUUCCCCUGGCUUAUGCGACACGCCAAGCUGCAGGUGCCAUCUUGCAAGAUGUCGCUGGUUCAGGGGUCCUGUUUUCCCUCUUAAUGUGUAAACACAAGGUUAUCAGUCUGGUUGGCGCCCAGAAAGCAUCUCUGCAUCCGGAUGAUAUACUGUUGCUCUCCAAUUUUAUUAUGUCUUCUGAGUCUUUUAAAACAUCUGAAUCCUUCUCUCCAAUUUGCCUGCCAAGAUACAACCCCAUGGCGUUCCUUUAUGCUUAUGUGCACUAUUUUGAUAUUGAUACAUACCUGGUAUUGCUUACAACAAGUCCAGAUGCCUUCUAUCAUUUAAAAGCCAGCAGGAUUCGGAUUGAAAAUGUACUCGUGGAGUCAAAUGUGUUAAUCGAAGUUCAAAGAUCCUUGGUAGACGGUGGUAUGCAUAUUGAGGAUCUACUUAUGGACCCCACCGCUCGUCCAGGCACCAUAUCUUCUCAUCUCGGUCAACCGAGACUAGCAACAGAUUCCCUAGGGAGAGGUGCAGAUGGAUUUGGUGGUCCUGCGGGACUCUGUCAUUUUAUGUAUAGAAGUAUAUAUCUUGACCAAUAUGUGUCGUCUGAAUUUUCAUUGCCAAUCAACAGCUUGAGACAGCAAAAACGAUUAUAUAGGGCCUAUCAGAAACUUUAUAUAUCCAUGCAUGAUAAAGGAAUAGGGCCUCACAAAACCCAGUUUAGAAGGGACGAAAAUUAUGUGCUACUUUGCUGGGUCACACAAGAUUUUGAACUGUAUGCUGCUUUUGAUAUCCUUGCAGACAAGGCUCUUGCUAUUAAUGUAUGCAAUCGGGUUUGCCAAUGGGUGAAAGAUGUUGAGAACGAAAUAUUCCUGCUAGGAGCAAGUCCUUUUUCAUGGUGAUCUUUCCAAAUAUUCUUGUACGAGUGCAUGUAUUCUAGUACUUUUCUGUUCUUAAUUAUGAUUUUGCCUAAUUUUCUUUGCAUUACCCAUGUGCGCUCGGUUGUAUUGUACUUGGUAAAGAUUCUCAUCACAGGCGUACAUUGUAGAGUACAAUUUUCACUUGUUGUGAGCAUUUCUAUCCAUCAUUUUUUUUUUUUUUUUUUU